UGCAGUUGCAGGAUGGGGCGCCGCUCCUCAGACACGGAGGAGGACAGCAGGAGCAGGAGGAAGAAGAAGCAUCGCCGGCGUUCCUCGUCCAGCAGCUCCUCAGACAGCAGGACCUACAGCCGCAAGAAAUCGGGACGGAAAUCCAGGUCCAGGUCACGCUCUCGGGAUCUCCAGUCUUGGUCCCAUUCCUAUGAGAAAAGGCGCAGACACAGAUCCAGCAGCAGCUCUUCCUACGGCUCCCGGAGGAAACGCAGCCGCAGCCGCUCCAGGGGCAGAGGCAAAUCCUACAGGUCCCAGAGAUCCCGCUCAAAGAGCAGAACCAGGAGGUCCCGCUCCCGUGGGCGGCAGCGAUCCUACAGCCGCAGCAGCGAGAGGAGCGGCCACAGGAGAGCGGCCAGCGGCUCCCGCGAGCGCCGCAAGGGCAAGGACAGGGACAAGGACAGGGACAAAGGCAAAGCCAAGGGCAAGGACAAGGAGCUCCACAGCACCAAGGUCGGGGACUCUGCAAACAUCAAAGCUGGAUUAGAACAUCUGACUCCUGCUGAACAGGCCAAGGCCAGGCUGCAGCUGGUGCUGGAGGCAGCUGCUAAAGCAGACGAAGCGCUGAAGGCCAAGGAGAGAAGUGAAGAAGAAGCCAAGAGAAGAAAGGAAGAAGACCAAUCCUCCCUCCUGGACCAGGUGAAACGAGUGAAGGAAAUCGAAGCCAUCGAGAGCGACGCCUUCGUCCCACAGAGCUUCCGUUCCAGCAAGGAGGUCAAAAAGGUGGCAGAAGCUCCUGAGCCGCAGCACGAGCCCGUCAGCGGGGCGGCCACAGAGGUGGCACCUCCUGAGAAGGAAUCCCCAGCUGCCAACAUCCCCACGGCCAUCAAAUACCAGGAUGACAAUUCCUUGGCACAUCCCAACCUGUUCAUCGAGAAGGCUGAAGCAGAGCAGAAGUGGUUCCAGAGGUUGGUUGCUCUCCGCCAGGAAAGGCUGAUGGGCAGCCCCGUGGCCUGACAGCUUCCAGGACCAUCCCAGACCACUUCCCACCUGGAGUUCUCACCUUCCAUCGUUCCCUUUGUCUCUUGGAGGAGAUUUUGAUGAGCUGUGGACGCAGGGAGGGUUUCAGCUGGAAAAACAGGGGUGUUCUGUGCUACUCACCUGGGUACCAGGGAUGUUCUGUCCAGGCAGGGCAGCAGAGCCAGGGGUGUUUCCUGGUUUUUUUUUUU